UGCUUAUAGUGUCGCUGACUUCACGCAGCCCCCUCUUUCCAACCCAGGCCACAUUGGCAUACGUAACCGGUGUGCCAGAAGGGAUUCUAUUGCAAAAAUGGUGGCGACAAAGAAAACGAAAAAGACCCUGGAGUCUAUCAACUCCCGACUCCAGCUGGUGAUGAAGAGCGGGAAGUAUGUACUUGGCUACAGACAGACACUGAAGAUGAUCCGGCAGGGGAAAGCCAAGCUGGUCAUCCUGGCCAACAACUGCCCUGCUCUGAGGAAAUCAGAAAUCGAGUAUUAUGCCAUGCUGGCUAAGACGGGGGUGCAUCAUUACAGUGGCAACAAUAUUGAGCUGGGUACAGCUUGUGGUAAAUACUUCAGGGUCUGCACACUCGCCAUCAUUGAUCCUGGUGACUCUGACAUCAUCAGGAGUAUGCCCGAUCAGCAGCAGCCGGGAGAGAAGUAGCUGCACAUACGUUAUCCAAAGUUGUAAUAAAAAAAUGACAAAAAUUGCAA